AGGUCGAGGGGAGAUCAUUUUGCUUUCUUUUGGAGGAUUGUCUCUGGCUAUAUUGUGACCAGGCUUGGCUAUGAUGAAUUAUGAAUAACUUGCACAACUAGUAGUGAAAAAACGCCAGUAAACAUGGCAUCCUUAGGUGCAGCACGGUUUCUCCCCCUUGGAGAAUCUUUAUGCUUAAGAAAGCUCUCACGAUUCUCUAGAGUAGCUACAUUCCACAGAAGUGUUCGCUUUUUGAGCCGGGCUGAUCGUGAAAACGGGCCUCUCACACUUGCAAGCGUUGGGUUCAAAAGUGAGCUUCAAGCAACAGACAAGGAUGAGAGGAAUAAGCUUGAGCCGCUUGUUUCCACAGUUGAAGUCGCCAAACCUAAAAUGAAGGCAGUUAGGAACAAUGCAGUCAAGGCUGUCAGAGGGAAGGAGACUCUUGAAGCAGAGUUUGCUCCCUUUUCUGCGAAGUCUUUUUCUGAACUUGGUCUUCCUCUUUGGUUGAUUGAGAGGUUAGACGGGGAAGGUUUCACUGUUCCAACUGAUGUCCAGUCAUCNCUACUGGAGUCGAGGGGAGAUCAUUUUGCUUUCUUUUGGAGGAUUGUCUCUGGCUAUAUUGUGACCAGGCUUGGCUAUGAUGAAUUAUGA